CACCCUGCCCGGUGCUCGGGAGCAGCCCCGCGGGCGGGCAGGGCGUUCGCGAGCAGCGGGACACCCGAGCCGAGGAGGGAGCCGGGCCGGGCGCGGGGAGCGCGGCGCUGGGGGCGGAGCCGCCGGUGGCUCCCGGGCCGCCGGAGCCCGUCUGCAGCCGGGGAGCGCCGUGGCCCGGCCCGUCCCUGCCGCCCGAGGGAGCCGGCGGAGGAGAAGGCAGCUCUCCGGCCGGUUCGGUAGGUUACAAGCAAACCUGAAGAUUUGUCUCCCUGGGUUCUACUUAUAUGUUUGGGAAAGGAUCUGGAGCAGAAAAGAGUGAUGCAGGACUUCUGUCAUGCUCAGUUGUCUACAGAGCAUAAAUGGUGUCUGGAUGAACUGGCAGGUGUUCAUCUUCAUGAAGGAAAGAAACACUAGAAGUUCCUACUAGAACUGUAGUGUUUGCUUCAAGAUGCUCCAAAGGGAAAAUACUCAUCUGCAAGCCUCAUCUUACAAAACUGCCUGUGUUCUUUCAAUCAAAGGAAGAUGUUUUUUGAGAAAGAUGACUUGUGAAGUCUGUGAACAAAGCUGUCUUCACAAGGAUGCUGAAUGAAAGACAUCAUGCCUUACAAGGGACACUUAUCUUGAAGGGUGACACUGUGCUCUUAAACUAAAACACAGGCACUGUAAAAACACUGCUCCUGAACAAAAAUAAGGAUUAUAAAAACUGCAUCAGAAUGUUUGUUAGUCCCAGAAGAGUCAGAAAAUGCCAUUUUUUGCAGAUAUGUGCCACUUGCUUCAUACUGUGUCUCAUGAUUUUUUGGGUACCGUUUGAUAAUCAUAUUAUGAGCCAUAUGAAGUCCUAUUCCUACAGAUACCUCAUAAAUAGCUACCAUUUUGUGAAUGACAGCCUAUCUAUCAGCAGGGAUAACCUGAACAGAGUAUCAAGCUACCAGUACUUGAUCAACCACAGAGAGAAAUGUCAGCAGCAGGAUGUCCUUCUCCUAUUGUUUGUGAAGUCUUCUCCUGAAAACCGUCAUCGAAGGGAUGCAAUUAGACAAACUUGGGGUAAUGAGAAGUAUGUUCGUUCUCAACUUAAUGCCAACAUUAAAACCCUUUUUGCUUUAGGACGACCAACACACCAUCUGCGGAAAACACAGCAGCAAAGAGAACUUGAGCUCGAAGACCAGAAAUACCAGGAUUUGAUUCAGCAAGACUUCUUGGAUACAUUUCACAAUCUUACUCUUAAAUUGCUUUUGCAGUUUAGCUGGGUGAAUGCCUACUGUCCUCAUGCCAGGUUCAUUAUGUCUGCAGAUGAUGACAUAUUUAUCCAUAUGCCAAAUCUCGUUGAUUAUCUCCAAAGUCUCACACAAAUGGGUGCUCAAGAUCUCUGGAUUGGUCGUGUCCAUCGCGGAUCCCCUCCCGUAAGAGACAAGAGCAGCAAAUACUAUGUUCCAUAUGAAAUGUACCAGUGGCCCUCAUACCCUGACUACACAGCAGGAGCUGCAUAUGUAAUAUCAAAUGAUGUAGCAGCUAAAGUCUAUGAGGCUUCAUUGACUCUGAAUACAAGUCUUUAUAUAGAUGAUGUUUUCAUGGGUCUCUGUGCCAAUAAAAUGGGAAUUGUACCACAAUAUAAUGUAUUUUUUUCUGGGGAAGGAAAGGCUCCAUAUCAUCCCUGUAUUUAUGACAAGAUGAUGACAUCUCAUGGACACGUAGAUGAUCUUCGCCAGCUCUGGAAGCAGGCUACAGAUCCCAAAGUUAAAAAGAUUACUUCAGGGAUUUGGGGUAGAAUGUACUGCAAACUAGUCAAGAUUGUGCUUCUCUGUAAACUGUACUAUGUGGACACAUAUCCUUGUUCAGCUGCGUUUUCUUAAUACUUGAAUAUCUGCAUUGAAGAUCCACUGAGCCAAGACAGAGCAACGAUGUUUUAGGUGUUUAUCCAAAAUAUAUGUAAACAUGGAAAGAGGUAACAUUUACACGUGAAUGCUUGGGGUGGGCAGAGGGAGAGGAAGAUGAUGGUCCCAGGGUGCCAGAUUCUGUUCAGAGACUUACUGGAAUAGCUCUCCUGUUAUACUUCAACUUUUUACAUUGUAGCCUGUUUUUUUACACCUUUCAAGGGAUGCAAGUCUGGAUUAUAAGUGAACUAUAAUGGACUUGACUUCUAGACUUUGAAAUGCUUGUCGAAAAUAUCUGUUUCUUUGAACUUGUCAGUAAGUCUUGAUGGUUUUUAUAAAAGCUAUGUGAACUAAAGCAUGUGGCAAAAAAAACCCCUGUUAUACCGGAAUGGAGUAGACCUUUCAAAGCAUGAGGAAAGUGGAACUUCUGACUUGAUGAAUGAGGCUGGCUAUCGCAGUAGUUUAAGGUAGUGUAAACUCUCUACAAAUAUUCACUAUUUCUCAGUGCUUCAUACAAAGUCAGUCUGAACAUGCACAGCUGACAAAUAAUGAGUGCUAGAAGUGAAGACCUGCUACAAUUGUUUUGUCAAAGCUGCCUAAAUCUGAAAUAGGGAAACUGUCUGGAUGCCCACUGAUUUAGUGGUUUUAAAUAACAAAGAAACCCCCUUUAGAACUUGAAGCUAUAAAAAACCAAAUACCACUCAUGUGACUGGUUGGGCUAAUAUUUCUCUGUUUUCUGAAAACUGAAUCAGCACAUUAAAAAAGUUCAAUCUUUAAUAAGCAAGUAAGUUAAAUUUUCUUCUAAUAAUGCUUCUGUUUUCCAAUAUUCUAGGGGUGAAAAGCAAGCAAAAAUCCCCGGGAAUGUUACUUAGAGCUAGUUAAAGACUUAAAAAAGCAGAAUUUCAUGCUUGUACUAACAGAGAGGGAGGAUAUUUUCUGUACAAACUUUGACUUUGCAUUGAAGGGAUAGGGAGAUGGUGAUUCACACCAACUCAGUACACAAAUCAUAAUAACUAAAAUAUUUCUCCUGAAGUCAAAAUUGUCUUUAAAAUUCCAGGGUUGUUUGUGUCUACAAACCCCUGUUCCUUGAAUAUAUCUCAACGUCAAUAUCACUUGCAAAGGAACAAAAUGCCUGUGCUUUGUAAGCCAAAACCGAGCUAAGUGAUGUGCAAACUGCAGCCCUUAUGAGUUGUCCUGUGGUGCCAUAAAGAUACUGCCGAGAACCAGAGUUGUAGGCUGCCUGCAGUCCUUGCACAGCUCAGUCAUGGUGCUUCCACAGACUCUCAGGACAGGUAUCUUAGUUGCUAAUUGCCAAAGCUGUGGCAGCUGUACAGGACUUGCUAGUUUGAAGCUGUGAGUAGUAAAUUUGGUGUAACUAAUGGCUACUGCUCUUGGAGCUGCAGGUUUUGUGGUUUGAAUGGAUAAUGGCACCUGUCAGUGCAGACAGACACCAGGAGAGAGCUUGCUGACUGUUCUUUAAGCUGUUCAGAUGGAGGGUAGGUAGUUUCUGGAACUAAGUCAAACAUGUAACUUUGUAUCAUUGGUUUUACAGAAAGAAGAUAAGAUUCCUAACUGGUCCCAAAUGUUGGGCAUAUAAAGAGCUCACAAAGAAAUAAUUUAUCAGCAUCAGAAUGACUGACAAGUAUGACAAGUACGGCUAUACUUCAGAAAGAACAAAUCCAGUUCCUUUUCUUGCCUAAACAAAUGGAUAAUAGCACUGGGGAUGUAGAUCUUUCUAACCUGUUGCAUACAGAGAAAAUGAAUGCACAUAUAGAGAAAGUAUUAUUGUGUAUUGAAGGAAAGCUGCUUCAUCAGAUUUCUGACUUCUUGUGAGCCGUUUAAAUCAACAAAGCUGCACAGCAAAACUGCACUGCUAGAAAAGCCACCCUGUUCACUGAAGGGAAAGAGGGUCUUCAUAUGCAGUAUGCAACCAAAAUGUGCUAGUAAGACUAUAGUCUUCCAGCAUAUCUACGUGUUGGGAUUUGUUUUCACUCGUAUAUGCAAAAGUAAAGUAAUCUUUAAGUAGCUUUAACUAGCUAACAUCUAAAACGCUGCUUAAAUGUAGUUGCCAUUAUCUGAAAAUCACUUUUGACCAUUGAAAUACUAUGUUUUACAGUUGGUUUGAGCUUUGUUUGGAUUGUUUCUUAAUCUUAAAAGGGCCUUGAUGUUUGUAGUAGGCAUUUUCUUUUGCUGCAGUGAAAAGAAGUUGCUUGUUGAAUAAAAAGGAAAGCAUGAAGGCACUCUUUCAAAAAAUAGAAAAGGCAUAGAAAACUUCAUAUUUUCUGGUUCUAAACACAAAUUAAGAUUUGUACACUUCCAUCAGGAAUCCUUUUUAACAAUAAUCUCAGUGCUCCAAUGCAGGGCUGAUAGGUCUUACUUCAAAUAAAACUAUAUCAGCCUGAAUGGUCACUCCUCAUUAAGAGUUUGACAUUGUUGCACAGCAUAUUUAAUGCUAUUUUUUUACCUGUUUGUUUGGUUUGCAUCAGUUUCCCUUUGAUAUUACUAAUUUUUAUACAAAGUAUUCAAUAUUUAUUCUUAAAGUUUGCUCUGUACCACAGAAAGACAGUUGUUUUGUAAAAUUUGUUUUGAAUAAACAGACUUAUUUCUUUUAAAAAAACCUAAGAAUACAGAAAAGGUAAAUAUCUCUUGUUGCUUUCUUUGUAACUGACAGGAUCAAUUCUGAUGCUUUUAAGUGUUGUUCUGAGUUCCCUUUUACAAGAGGACUUCAAAAUGCUCCUCAUUCUGCCCCUGCCUCUGGUGUGUGCAAAAGGCAAAAUUUGUGUUCCCAAGAAAAGAGAGAGCUCACAAAUUUGUUUAACAAGCUUCUAGGUCUAAAGCUGUGUAAAAUUGCCAGGUAUUAGAAGCUGAACCUGUUGUUAUGGUUAUAAUUUGUAUGUUCUCUUCAGGCAGCCAUUCCCCUGGAGAUGCGUAUCUGUCUACACAAGAUUUCAGAUCAUACUUUGGAAAAGUAGCUGAUGGUCUGGGGACCAGACAUGGUAUUUUCAUAGGGUAUAAUUAAAUUCAGAUAAUUAUGA